CACCUCACUGUUAGCUAUGGAUAACUUGGAUUUCUUCGAUGUUGAUAAUGAUUUUGGCAUGAAUAAUAAUCAGAGUUUUAUGAGUGUCAACAUAAACUAUAAUGAAAGUUUUAUGAGUGUCGAUAUGAACGAUAACAAAAUCUCUUGA